AUGAAAAUAUAAAAGCAGAAUCCUUUAUAUUUGAUAUCAAUGUAACAAUAAUCUGAAAGAUAGUUGAAUAAGACUAAAUCAUAGGAACUAGAUUACCCAUCAGAUAUGGAGAAGGACAGAGAUUCAGAUAAUGAUAACUAAAUAAUCUAUAAAAGAUAACUUUCAUAUUUAGAAUAGAAUUCUCAACUAUAGAAGACAAAUUUUUCUGAUAUAAAUAUAAUCGAAUAAAAUAUGAAUACAAUUCAAAAAAUAUUGAAAUGA